AUGGUGGACCCCCGGGCCGCGACGGCCGGGAGCCGUCGGCACCCGCCGGGUGGUCGCCUGGCCGUCCUGGUGCUAUGGCUGCUGCUGGCCAUCGCCAGCAUCCGCGGCGAGGACAUCUACUUCCAUGCGGCGGUCCACCGGGUGUCCAGUACCCCCGGGAAGCUGACCUUCACCCAUGCAUAUGGAGCCCCCUCCUUCGUCGGGUCCCGGGAAACCAAAACACGCUAUACGCUCCAGCGCCAGGUGAAUCUCCCGGAGAAGACGCCGGAGAAGCGCUGGGGCCUUUUCUUCGGUGCCGAACGCCUGAUGCUAUCCUGUCCGCGGGCUGACAAUCCCGGCACGGCGGACCUGAUGCUCCUCCCCUGGUCGGCCUACCCGUACUUGGUGGUGGUCGAGCACACCCGGACCACGGUUGCCCUGUUCACCGAGGAGGAAGUGUACCAGCUGCCGCGCCCGGACAUCGAGCUCCUGGCCGGGAUCCCGCUGUCCGGGGAUGCCGUCCUGCUCCUGGGCCUGAUCGGCCAGCUGGACCAAUCGCGGCUGCCGUUCCUGGCCCGCCUCGAUGCCGACGGCCUGACGGUAUUUCCCUGGUACCUUGGUCCGAUGGAGGCCGGCCCGGGCUUCGGGGCAGCCGGCACCGGGACGAGUGUCUUCCUGGGGGCCGGCACCCGACUGAUCCGGCUCAGCUCGGGUCCGGGUAGUAUGACAGUCGACUUGAAAGAAGUCGAGACCCCCAGUCGGAUCUUGGGCCUGGCCGUGACGCGAAUCAUGACCCCGGCCGCCACGUGCCCCGAUGGGCCGGACGUCGUCGUCCUGCUGGCAGACCAGAAGGUCAUGGUGUAUUCCUGCUUCGGUGGCACCGGUCCGACGGGCAACCACAGCGUGGACCUGCGGCCGGAGGUGCCGCCCGCUGGCUCUCGGAUCCUGGCCCCGGAGGCCGCCGUCUUGACCGACCGGCCGGCUCCGUUCUACAUCCUUUCGCCGGGUGCGGCGGAUCCGCGCCUGCGCGCAUGGCAAGUGUCAUCCGUGGGGACGCAACUCCGGCUCAGCCGCGUGGCCUUGCCCCCGGUGGCGGCUGAUAACCUUGCCGGUGUGGAGCUGGCCCGGCUGGUCGGCACCGCCGGCGACCCGGUCGAGUGGACCCUGGCAGCGGCGAGCACGGCCCUCUUCUCCUCGGCGGCCUUCCGGUGCCCGGACGACCGGAGCAUCGUCUGUGACAGCGCCAACCAGAUGACCGGGCAUUCGCGCGGGUGGACCUGCGCGCCGCGCCACGCCGAGUCGCCCUAUGUGUCGGCCACGCACCUGUGCGCCGGGUGCGCCAACGGCUCCUUCCUGGACCGGCCGAUCGACGAGCCACCGCUGGCCACCAGCAUGCACGUGUGUCGUGCUUGUCCGCAUGCGAAUUGCUUGACCUGCAAUUCGGCGAACUGCCUGGUAUGCGCGUCGGACUUCCGCCUGGAGGCAAGUGCCCCGGAUGGCAGUACCCGGUGUGUGGCCAGCUGCUCGGCCGGCUUCAGGGAGCUGGCCGGCGUGUGCUGUCCGGAGUCCAGGCACAUGGCCCGGGCCAGCCUCUCGAGCCCGACGGCCGAGUCGCUGCCGGGCCUGGCCCUCGGCGACCGGGUGACCUUCGUCGGCGAAUCGUGGCUCUCGGUGGACGAGCUCACCGGGCGGCCCAUCCUGCCGGGUCUCGGCAGCCCGUCGGUGUCCGGGGUGCUCAUCUUCACGGAGCUCCGAAAGAGCUACUUCCUGCCGCGCAUGCAUGUGGGCAUGGUGGACAAGCCGCCCCUGCGGGAAAUCCACCUCUUCGCAUCGCCACCGGCGACAAUGGUCACCGCCUCGGUGGAGGUGGGCCCCUUCCUGCAUGCGGGGCAGCUGUUAUAUUUGGUGUUCGUGUGCACCUCCGAGAAGGCGGCCUACCAGGCCUGGCUGACAUGUGCCCAGGCCACCGGGCCCUGCAUCGCCGACGAGCCUCCGGGCCUGGGACAGGGCCCGUCGACCGGCUGUUCCGCGCUUCGGCGUCUGGAUGCCGGGGGGUUUGCCCUGAAAAAUGCCAGCCUGAAUGGGGCUCGGUACCGGGCCAACCCGGCCACCCGGUCGGUGGAGCUGGUCUCGCCAAUGAGCAGCGGGUCGGUCACGCUCCCCGUGGUCCCGGCCACCGGGGCCCGGGCCGCGCCCGCCCAUGGCGCGUGGCUCCUGUGGACCGCCUACGCGCAAUUGCCGAGCCUCCUGCCGCAAGCUCUGCUGGAGGGCCUGUUCUUUCGCCGGGAGCCCUUCGAUGGCCGUCUGUUGGCGAACCCGCCGAGCAUGGCCAACAAUCACCAUACCGUGUUGGUUCUCCCUCGGCCGACCCCUUCCGAUCCUGCAGCCCCGAUGGAGGUGGUCUUGCCGUAUGUUGUCGGGUCCGAGUGGGUGGUCCUCCGGGUGCCCGGGGAAAUGCUGGUCAGUGGCCGGCCCUCCGACUUGCCGUAUGGGAAGCAGGUGCUCGGGGUGCUGCCCGGGCCGGUGCCCCCGCCGAAGGCCCCCCAUGAGAAUGUCCACUUUUAUGGGGUCCCCCUCAGCGACUUGGCCCUGGGCCCGGAGUAUCCCAGCGCGCUGGUGCUCCUGGGUCGGGAGUUUUUCGGGCUGUCGCUGUUGCAUUGCCCGAAUCGGCCGCGGCAGCCGUGCGCCCUGCAGCCGGCCGUCUUCGGGGAAUUGCCGUCAUCCAUGCGGAUCCCGGAGCAAAUGGCCCUCUGGGGCCCGGUGGUGUCGUCAGACUCGGCCCCCGCCGCCAGCGCCGCCACCAGCACCGGCCGGUCGCUCAGCUUCUUGGCCUUCUCGCCGGCCACCGGGCCCUUGAACUUCUCGGUGGCGCUGGAAUGCCCGAUUGGGACAUUCGGCCCGGCGUGUGACCCGUGCGAUGGGCUUUGCGUCGAGUGCACCGGCCCCGGCCCGACGGCAUGCACGGCCUGUCGAUACUGGCUGGCCGGGGCCCCGGAAGGGUGCUUGGCCGAAUGCCCGGCCGGCACCCUUCCAAUGGCCGGCGGCCAGUGCGGAUGCCCGGGCCUCUGCGAAGCAUGCAGCCUCAAUGGGGCCGGGGAGACCGUGUGCGAUCGAUGCCUGCCGGGCUAUGGCCUCGACAUGAGUGGGCCCGAGUUGGACCGGUGCCUGGCGUGCGACGAGGCGUGCGAGACGUGCGCGCGGCCUGGCGACCCGGGGGCCUGCACCACAUGCCCGGCCGCGGCGCCGUGGCUGCAUGGGGGGGCCUGUGUGAGCGCCUGCCCGGCGGGCAUGUGGCCUGACAGCGGCGUGUGCCGGGUGUGCGCGCCUGGCUGCUUGGACUGCUCAUCGACCGGCCAGUGUGUCCGCUGUGCGGCCAGGCACUUCCUGCAGCAGGGCGGCCCGGGGUGCAUUCCCUGCGAUGGGUCCUGCGCGGCGUGUGACAAUGGGUCAAGCUGCUCGGCCUGCCAGUCGGGCUUGGUGUUCCUCGGUGUCGACGAGCAGGUGGCAUCCCUGUGUGGCAGUGCCUGCCUGCCAGGGGAGUACAUCCACCAGGGCCGGUGUGCCAGGUGCCAUGACAGCUGCCAGCUGUGUGCCGGGGAGGCGACGGCCUGCCAGGUGUGCGCCGAGGGCUUCCGGUGGUCAGAUCGGCCGCCAGGAGGAGGUGCCACCGAGCCGUGCGUGCCUUGCAGCCAGCCGGGAUGCACCACCUGCACGGUGGACGCCUGCCUGGCCUGCCGGUGGCCGCUGGUGCUGGAUGGCCAUGGCGGCUGUGUGGCCGACUGCCAGGCCGGCACAUACUCGAAUGGCGAGUCUUGCCAGCCGUGCGAUGUGUCCUGUGCCACGUGCAUCGGCCCGGCUGCCAGCCAGUGCGACAGCUGUGCCCCGGGGCUGGACUUCCUGGCGGACGGCCCCGGCCGGGGGGCCUGCAUUUCGGGCUGCGUCGAUGGGCAGUACCGGCAGGGGGCCACCUGCCAGCCGUGCGACGCCGCGUGUGCCACAUGCAAUGGCCCGUCGGACAGGGAUUGCUGGCGCUGUAUGGACGGCGUGCUCCAGGGGACCGAGUGUGUGCAGGAUUGUGCCACGGGACAUGUGGCCCUCGCCGGGCGGUGCCUCCGGUGCCAUGCGUCCUGCGAGGCGUGUGCCGGGACCCGGAGCACCGAGUGCACCACAUGCCCGGGCCAUUUGCUGCGACUGCCGGCCAACCCGGGGCUGUCGCACUGCCUGCCAUCCUGCCCGGCCUCCUACCACACCUCGGCCUCGGGGUGUGUCGCUUGCGGGGACCAUUGCACCCGUUGCCCGGAGUCGGUGGAUGCCUGUGCCAUGUGCAAUCGGGGGUGGCUGCUGGCCGGGCCGGCGUGUGUGGCCACUUGCCCGGCCGGGGCUUCGGCCCAGGGGCCCAUGUGUGUUUGGUGUCAUGAAGAGUGUGCCACAUGCUAUGGCCCGGGGGCGGACCAGUGUUUGAGCUGCCCGGCCGGUGCUCCGAUCUUGUUCGGCGACCGGUGCCAUGAGGCCUGCCCGGCGGGGACUUUCACCGAGGAUGGCAUUUGCAUGCCGUGCAGCUCCACCUGCGGCUCCUGCUCCGGGCCCGGGCCGGAGGCGUGUACGGCGUGCUCCGGCGACCGGGCCCUUCACCAGGGGGCGUGCACAUUGGCCUGCCCACGGGGCACCUUUGCCGAGGAGCAUGUGUGCCUCGAGUGCCGGUCCUCCUGCGCCACUUGCGCCGGGGCGGAUGCCUGCACGAGCUGCCCCGGCGGGUACAUGCUACAGCCGGAUGGGUCUUGCGCGGCUGCCUGCCCGGAGGGGUGGCAUGCGUGCAUGGGCUCCGGCCGGUGUGUCGCCUGCCCGGCCGAUUGCCUCCGGUGCGAGCUCCUCCGCGGGGAGGAUUGUCCCACGGGGUGUACCCUUUGCAUGGAGGGCUUUGUCCGGACCGGGGACACGUGCGCCCGGGCCUGCCCGGCGGGCCAGUAUCAGCAUCCGAUUGACCGGGCGUCCUGCUGGCCGUGUGGCCCCGAGUGCGCCACGUGCUUCGGCUCGGGGGACUUUUGCACGGGCUGCCGGUCGGGCUUCCUGCACCCGAGCCGGGGCACCUGUGUGGACACCUGCCCGGCGGGCUCGGCCGUGGUUGAUGGCAUGUGUGUGGGGUGCUUCGCCGGGUGUGAGCGCUGCACGGCGGCCGCCGGCGGCGGCGAGCUUGAGUGUGCUCUGGAGGAUGGACGGCCGCCUGCCUGCCCGGAUGUCCGGACCUGUGACCAAUGCCUGCCGGGGCUGCUGCUGCUGGAGGCGACCUCCUGUGUGGAGGCCUGCCCGGCGGGCUACUACGCCGAUGGGGGCCAUGACGCGGGCUCUCCGGCCACUUGCCUGCCAUGCCACGAAAGUUGCGCGGACCUGUGCGUCGGCCCGGGCAGGGCCGAUUGCCGGGGUCCCCGAGGCAGGCCCGGCUCGUCCGUGGGCCUGGCCGUGGGCCUGGCCGUGGGGCUCCUGCUGCUGGCCAUCUUGCUGGUGUUGCUGGCGGUGCUGCUACGACGCCACCGGGCGGCAGCUCGGGCCACCGGCUCGAAGAGCCUGGACACGGAGGACGCCACCAUGCUGAAUACCAUCGUCGAGUUGGCUCUGCCGGGGGCCCUCCUGGUGAGCGUCGACAUGGACUUCCGGCCGCUGGCGGACAAGCAGCUGGGCGCCGGCACGCAGGCGUCGGUGUAUGCGGCGCAGGCGGUCGGGGCCGGGGUCGGGGCCCGGCUGGGCUGCCCGGACGUGGUGGCCGUGAAGAGGAUGAAGGCCGACCCCCUGCAGCCGAUGCACCACGCCCUCUUCGAGAAUGAGGUGGCCUUGAUGUGGGUCCUGCGCGACCAUCCGAACAUUGUCCGGUUGUAUGGCUAUGGCACCUCGCCUCCGGCCAUUGUGAUGGAGCGCUUCGAUUGCGACCUGAGCACGCUGCUGCACUCGGAGGUGCCGCUGUCGGUGGCUCAGCUGUGGGACAUCUGCCAGCAGUGGGCCGCCGGGCUGGAGGCCAUGCACACACAUGGGGUGGCCCACGGCGACCUGAAGCCGGGCAAUGUGUUUGUCAGCCAGACGGCUUCUUCCUGGCGGGCGGCCCUCGGGGACCUGGGCACGUCCAGGAACCUGAGCGCCAGCCGGCUGUCGGCCCUGGUCAACAGCAUGCCCGAGCUGAAUGCCAUGUCGGUGCGGUAUGCGGCGCCGGAGCUGCUGGACGCCUUCCAGCGGUCGGUUCCCCUGGACCCGGGGCUCUUCUUCCCGGUGGACAUGUAUGCGGCGGGGGUCAUGCUGGGCGAGUGCCUGGCGCGGACUGCUCCCUGGGCUGGCAUGAGCAUGCAAGACAUCAAGUACGCCGUGCGUGGCGGUGCCCGGCCGAGCGUCGAGCUCCUGGCCCAGGAGGCCCGGGACCUGGUGCAGGCCGCCUGGCAGGAGGACCCCAGCCGGCGGCCGCUCGCAGCCACCUUCCGCCAGCGCUGCGCCGCGCAACAUGUAGUAGCCGUGAGAAGUCUACCAGCCUCGCCCACAUGA